UGUUUUAGUUUUGAGUUUGAUUAAAUUUACCUUGAACGGUCAAAUAAAAUUCAGUCAUCUACUGAAUCAUCAGAUUCAGGUAUGAUGACGCUGCGUUCAUGGUUCAAACGAUUAAAAACAUGGCAUCAAUUUCGACAUGGAAUUUUUCACACUGGAAUAAUUAUACUAAUGGUAUUUCAUUUAAUUUCGAAUGGAGCUAAUUCUCAAGAAACUGAGGAUGAUGGUAUUGUGGAUAUUUUGGAAAAACUACAAAUUGAAAAUUUACCAGCGGGUGUGUCACGUGCAUACGGAAUAUGUGAAUACAACAUUAGCGAAGAAAUCAAACGAAAUUAUACUAUAACUAAAUCUGCAUAUAGAUUAUCUGAAACAGCUUUGCUAACAUUGAACACUGCGGAUUUGUACCCAACAGGAUUUCCACAAGAUUUUUCAAUAUUAGCUACAGUAAAAGCAGCUGAAGGUGCUGAUAUCCAAAGUUUAUUUACAAUUUAUAGUAAUAGUGGCGAUGAACAUAUUUCGGUAGCGAUUGGUAAUGACAUCACAUUUUUUUAUGAGGACAUUGAUGGAAAUCCACCAGAAGAUAAUUUGAUAUUUUUCAAUCAAAGUAUUAAUGAUGGACAAUGGCACAGAUUGGCGUUUAGCGUAAAAGGAAAUGCAGUUACGCUUAUUUUAGAUUGUGACACACAAGUAACCAAAAUGUUAUAUCGAGAGAGUGAUUCACAAAUUAAUUCCGAGGGUAUUAUUUUAGUUGGUCAAAAAUUGUUACAAGAAGAUUUUUUUACUGGGGAUGUAGAAACUCUGUUACUAGGGAACACUCCCGACGUUGCAUUUGAAAUUUGUAAUGUGUACUCACCAUAUUGUGAUUAUGGCAGUGCCCAAGGUUCUGGUGCAACAUGGUCGUAUAGUUAUAGAGGAUUUCGAAAUGGAAGUGCUUCAUCGGGCGAAGAUAAUGAUCGAAGACGAAUACAAACAUUUGGAAGUUCAAGUUCAAGAGGAUUUGCAACAGGUGAAAGAAAUGAAGGUUCCAGAGUAUCUGGGAGCGGUAGUGUUUCAUUAGGAGGCGAAAGUGAUCGAAGAAGAAUAUAUACUUUAGGGGAAUCGUCUUCCAAUGGAUAUGGAGAAGACAAUAGAGCUGGUGGGUCUAGAACAUCAUUUGAAGAAGACUCGAGGGGCAUUUAUUCUGGAGAAAAUAGUGAAAAUUUUGACCGUAAUGCAAUAAACCAUACUAAUGUAUUUGUUUACACCUCAACAGAAAAUAAUAAUGGACGCUUUGAAACUACUGAAUAUGAUGUGAAUCGAUUUGGUUUAACAUCUAGUUAUGGAACACCUUUAACAACAACUUCAAGUACAUUAAAUGCCACAAGUAGUAUUUAUCCAGAUAUUGAUUACGAUCUUUAUGAAACAACACCAGCAAAUUUUUAUCCAGAUGGUGAUAAUGGUAUAUAUUCAAUAAAUGGAGGUAUUCCAGGACCUAGAGGUUAUCCAGGGCCACCAGGGCCUCCUGGUCCUCCAGGACCAAAAGGUGACAUUGGUAAAGACGGUUUAGCUGGCACCUCAGGAAUACAAGGACCCCCAGGGCAUGUUUUUAUAAUUCCAUUGAAUUCAGGCAAUGAUAAAGGUCCAGAUCCAAAUACAGAAACAUUCCGACAAAUGCUGUCACAACAUAUGAUGGCAAUGAGAGGAACUGAAGGGCCAAGAGGAUUAACGGGUGUACCAGGACCAGAAGGUCCUCCUGGGCUUGUAGGUUUAAAAGGAGAGUCAGGAGAAGUUGGUGAACCGGGCCAACCAGGUUUACCUGGUCCAGUUGGCAGUCCUGGCCGAGAAGGAAGAAGAGGCCGUUCUGGUCGAGAUGGCGAACGGGGUACAACUGGUCCCCCCGGAGCCAAAGGGGAACCAGGACCAAGAGGUGUACCUGGACUCCCUGGCGAAAAAGGUGAACGGGGAGCUACAGGGAGCACAGGAGAAAGAGGUUUGCCUGGCCACGAUGGUAUUCAAGGAGAGGAAGGUCCACCAGGGUUACCAGGAAUGCCUGGUGAAUUGGGACCAAGAGGAUUCAUGGGGCCAAGAGGAUUCCCAGGCUUACAAGGCAAUCCAGGAGUUCCUGGAAGUGAAGGCCUUCCUGGAUCCAAAGGAAAUAACGGACCUCCUGGUCAACCAGGACCACCAGGUCAAACCGGCCCGCUAGGCCCAGUUGGUCCACCAGGACCUCAAGGUUUAUUGGGUCCGACGGGUAUAGUGGGACCACAAGGGAAACCUGGAUUACCGGGUUUACCAGGAUCUGAAGGAUUACCAGGACAUCCAGGCAAUCCAGGAAUGCCUGGAGCUAAAGGUGAAACUGGACCGCAAGGCCCACAAGGUACUGUAGGAUUCCCGGGUAACCGUGGAUCCAAAGGUGAUGAAGGAAAAAGAGGUCCCCUUGGGGAGAAAGGAGAUAAAGGAGAUCGUGGAGUAGACGGUGAUAAAGGUGAAUAUGGCCCAAAGGGAGACAAAGGUGCAGUAGGACCGACAGGCAUGCCUGGGCUGGAAGGAGUGGAAGGACCAAAAGGUUUUGAUGGCCCUCGUGGAGAAACUGGUCCGUUAGGAAUGCCGGGAGAAAAAGGCAAACAAGGCUUACAAGGUUUUCCUGGCUAUCCUGGAAAUCCAGGCGACAAAGGUGAUAAAGGUGCUACGGGAAAAAUGGGACCUAUAGGUGAAAAAGGCGAUCGAGGAAAUACCGGCCUACCAGGAGAACGCGGUGAAAGUGGGCCACGAGGUUUCCGUGGAUCCCGUGGAAGACGUGGAUCUGAAGGCACUCCAGGACCAAAAGGAGACACAGGCCAACCGGGCCCUCCAGGCCCAACAGGUGAGAGAGGAUUACAAGGACCAGAUGGACCUCGAGGAUUUAUUGGGCCUCCCGGGCCACCAGGAACUAAUGGAAAAGAUGGUUUACCAGGUCCACCUGGAGAAAGAGGACCUCCUGGAGAAACUGGUCCGGUGGGACCUGUAGGAGCACCUGGUGUUAUAGGUCCAGCAGGACCUUCUGGAGAACCAGGACCAAUUGGAGAACCCGGUAUACCAGGUAAUCCAGGAUUGCCUGGAGAACCAGGAAUUGCUGGUGAACAAGGAAAAGAAGGACCGCCGGGCCCCCCUGGACCACAAGGGAAGCCAGGCCCUCCAGGUACUUCUGGCCCACCUGGUUUUCCAGGAGAACGGGGGCAUGCAGGUGUGCCAGGAAUACCUGGUUUAAAAGGAGAAGUAGGCUCUCCGGGGCUUAUGGGGCCUGCGGGUGACAAAGGCCAGCAAGGGGAACCUGGUAAAGAUGGACCACCUGGCCCUGAAGGACGAGUAGGGCCCGUUGGUCCAGCAGGCGCUACCGGACUUAAAGGUGAACGUGGUGAUAUCGGCCCACCUGGACCUGUUGGAAGAGACGGUCUUCCCGGAGCAAGAGGAUUGGAUGGUCCUCCUGGGCCAAUGGGAUCUCCUGGUGAAGAUGGAGACAAAGGCGAUGCUGGACCCCCCGGUGAAAAAGGAUUUAAAGGUUCCAGAGGAGAAACUGGACCUGUUGGACCAAUUGGAUCUCAAGGUUUGCGAGGUGAACCAGGACCCUCAGGAGCCCCCGGAGAACCAGGACCACCAGGAGAAAUCGGUCGCCAAGGACAAAAGGGUGAAGAUGGUCCAAAGGGUGUAUCCGGACCUGCUGGCCCAGCAGGGCCACAAGGUUUACCUGGUCCACCAGGUCUUAAAGGUGACAUGGGUGAUAUCGGACAGAAAGGUCCUCUUGGUCCGGCCGGUUCACCUGGUGAACAAGGACCACGUGGUGUCAAAGGAGUACAAGGUAUUCAAGGGCCUCCUGGUGCUGAAGGACUUCAAGGACAAAGAGGUGAACCAGGUCCACCAGGACCCAUUGGACCACCAGGUGCAGAUGGCAAAGACGGUGAGCGUGGAGCACAAGGGCAAAAAGGAGAAGAAGGAAAACCGGGAACUCCUGGUUCUCCUGGACCCCGAGGACCUGUUGGCCCGGAAGGUCCAAAAGGAUCUGCCGGUGCUCCAGGUUUCCCUGGAAGUGUUGGUGAACCUGGAACACAAGGACCAAAGGGAGACACGGGAAAAGAUGGCGCUGAUGGAAGCCCUGGUGCCACUGGUCCACCUGGCGAACCAGGCUCCCCAGGAAAAAUGGGACAACCCGGUUUACCCGGCAAACCUGGACCCGAAGGUCCAGCAGGCAUGCAAGGAAGUACUGGUUUACCCGGAGAAUCUGGUGAUAAAGGAGCUCCAGGCCCACCAGGAAUUCAAGGUCCCAGUGGAGUUCAAGGUGUCCCCGGCCCACAAGGCUUACCUGGAUUACGUGGUUCUCCAGGACCAGCUGGUGACGUUGGACCACCGGGAAAAGUAGGGCCAGUUGGUAAUCCUGGUAAAAAUGGCGAGAUAGGUUUAAAGGGUAGUAAAGGCGAUAGAGGUAAAAGAGGUCAAAAAGGACAUCGAGGAGAUAUGGGGCCUACUGGUAAAAAAGGCGAUAUAGGCGAAAAAGGACAUCAAGGUCCUCCAGGAAAUCAAGGUCCAGAAGGUGUUAAAGGAGAAAUUGGUCCACCUGGUCCUAUUGGUUUAAAAGGAAAUGAAGGACCUAUGGGCCCGGUAGGGCCUGAGGGACCGCAAGGUCUUAAGGGUUCUGAAGGCCCAACUGGAAUCAAAGGAGAACCUGGCCCUGCUGGCCCACCUGGACCACCAGGUCCACCUGCUGAAAUGCCAUUACUUCCACCCGAAUUACUGUUCCAACAUGACAUUCUUCAACGAUCCAAGCGUAGUUCCGAACCGGAAGAGGACAAUGAUUAUGCGGAUGCAAUAAACAAAAAGAAAGGUGAUGACAUCAAUCCCGAAGAAAAUUUAACGUAUCCAAAAGAGGAUGUUGGUCCCAAAUUUUUGGAUAUGUACAGUUCAAUUUAUGCAAUGCGACAGGAGCUGGAUCGUGUACGUAAACCAGUGGGAUCAAGAGAUAAUCCGGCCCGUACGUGCAAAGAUCUGUAUUAUGGACAUCCGCAAUACAAAGAUGGUUGGUUUUGGAUUGAUCCAAAUUUAGGAAUGCCAGAUGAUUCGAUCUAUGUGUAUUGUAAUAUGACAAACGAAGGUGAAACUUGCAUAUAUCCUGACAUUCACAGUUCUCAAAUGCCAAAUAUUCCCUGGCGUAAAGAGCAUGAUGAUCAGACAGAUUGGUACUCAAAUUUACGUGGUGGUUUCAGGAUAACAUACGAAACAGUUGGUGUUGUUCAAAUGACCUUUUUAAGAUUACUUGCACAGAGUGCCCAUCAAAAUUUCACUUAUACUUGUAUUAAUAGCGCAGCAUGGUAUAAUUCCAAAGCAAAAAAUUAUAAUUCAGCCAUUAAAAUUUUAAGUGGGAAUGAAGAAGAAUUUUCAUAUUCAUCUGGUAAUAAACCAAAUAUAUUGGUUGAUGGAUGUAAGAAUGGAAAAUCAAAAAGUGAAACAGUUUUUGAAAUCCGUACGAAACGUUUACAUGAGGUACCAAUUAUAGAUUUUUAUCCAGUAGACUACGGUAAUCCCAAUCAAGCCUUUGGAUUUUUGGUUGGACCGGUUUGCUUUAGAUAACAGUAACACAUAAGUACACAUUGAACUCUGCACAUGAAUUUUAUCAACGAAUCAACCAAAACAUCAAUUAUUGUAGUAGUAACUUUUAGCGUUUCUUUUAGUUUUUAGUAGGUACUAACUUUUAAAAAAAAACUGCAGGAAGUCAAAGGAAACAUGAUAAGAAUGUGCAAUUUGAGCCGUUACCUGUAGUUUUUUAAAUCUUGUCAAUUAGUGUGUUAUUAUGUACUUAUAUUAAUAUGAGCAUUCC